AGAAUCCACAUUUGUCUUUUUAGGAGAACCUGUUUAUCGGGCAGUCCAAGAUUUACUCCUACAUGAGCCCGAACAAGUGCUCUGGAAUGCGCUCCCCACUUCAGGAAGAGAACUCAGUGGCACAUCAUGAAGUCAAAUGCCAAGGGAAACCUUUAGCCGGAAUCUACCGGAAACGAGACGAAAAGAGAAACACUGGGAGUGCCCUCCGGAGCCCCAUGAAGUCCGAGGAACAGAAGGUCAAAGACGUCAGGAGAGGCCCACUGGUCCCUUUUCCAAACCAAAAAUCUGAAGCAGCAGAACCUCCCAAAACCCCCACCUCGACUGGUGGUUCCACCAACGGAGCCAUCACCAAGCCCACCCUGAAAAAGCCCGGCAAGGGCAAACCGACCUCUAGGAAAAAAGCUCAAGGAAAAACACAACAGAACCGCAAGCUCACAGACUUCUACCCUGUCCGAAGGAGUUCCAGAAAGAGCCAAGCAGAGCUGCAGUCUGAAGAGAGGAGGAGAAUCGAUGAGCUGAUUGAAAGUGGAAAGGAAGAAGGGAUGAAGAUUGACCACAUCGAUGGCAAAGGCCGGGGGGUGAUUGCCACCAAGCAGUUCCUGAGGGGCGAGUUUGUGGUGGAGUACCACGGGGACCUCAUCGAGAUCACCGAUGCCAAGAAGCGGGAGGCUGUGUACGCACAGGACCCCUCCACGGGCUGCUACAUGUACUAUUUCCAGUAUCUGAGCAAAACCUACUGCGUGGAUGCCACCCGUGAGACAGACCGUCUGGGACGACUCAUCAACCACAGCAAGUGUGGGAACUGCCAGACGAAGCUGCACGACAUUGACGGCGUGCCGCACCUCAUCCUGGUGGCCGCGCGGGACAUCGCCGUGGGCGAGGAGCUGCUGUACGACUACGGGGACCGCAGCAAGGCCUCCAUCGAGGCCUACCCGUGGCUGAAGCAUUAACCCUCCCGCCCCUCGCUGGACAAAGUGCCCUCAAAGGGAGUCGGGGUUCUUUUGGGGGUUCUUAUUUUUUUGGCUCCCCUUUUU